AUGAACCCUACGAAAUCGGAAAUCUUCUUUGGAGGCUAUGCAGCCACUGAAGCAGCGAGACUGAGCAAUUUAUCAGGGUUCAAGGUAGGCUGUUUUCCUACUAGAUACCUCGACCUUCCUCUGAAUCUGCAGCGCAUCUCCUUCUCCACUCUCCAACCUUUUAUUGAGCGGAUAACGAACAAGCUUCACUCGUGGACGGCAAAAUCUUUAUCCUUUGCCGAGAAAACCACGCUCAUCUCUUCAGUUAUUUACGGCAUGGUCAAUUUCUGGAGUGCGGUAUUCGCCCUGCCUAAAAGGUUCUAUGAAAAGAGGCAUAUCUUUGGCAAGAAGGGUUUCUGGUUGACGGACGACUCUACUCGCUUCUCUCCCUCCAUCCGAGCGCCCGUCUCUCGUGCUGUUGUGGAUGGCCAGUGGCGCCUACCGGGGGCACGCUCAGAUGAGGCUCAGGCUCUGCAAAUUUGGUUCUCCACAUCUCUCCUCCUCACCAAGCUAAAGGCAGUGAUACCUAUCGUUGGCGUAAUGCUGCAGGCUUAUUUGUCAACACUUUCUCUUCUAAGGGUACUUGGGAGCAGCUUAGGGCUGUCGGAUAUGGCCUCUUGGAUCGGCUCUGCUCAAACUCGGGCUCGGAGCCCUCGUGAUAUUAUAAUCAGGCUUUUGGUUCAAGCUAUCACCUAUAUGCUGUGGAAGGAGCGCAAUACCCGGGUCUUCACCAACACACCUGCAACUGCAUUUUCCAUCCGUCAUGCCGUGGAUCUUCGUGAUCGCCUGCUAUCCUUUCCAUCUGCCAAUGUAAGGUCUCCCUCUAUUCUCGAGCUGUAUUUCUCUUGUGUUACUCUCCCUCUGUAA